UGCUUCACUCCAAUAAACCUCACCACAUUUUGCUGCUGCAGCUGCUUUGGCGCACACAUGGAAUAGAACGGUGCGCUCUUCUUCUUCUUCGGUGCGACUAUGUCGAGUCUGGAGGUUGCUUUCUCACACUGAUCAGCGAUCAGUCUACGCUUCUCUUCAUCAGAAAAAAAAAAAAAACAACAACCCGGAAUGUUGUCACUCUCUCUGUCAGCAAGGUCGGUUUUCAGAGAACAGUGAAGACACCGCUCAUUUACCAUGAGCUGUUUGGAUGUUAUGUACCCAGCCUAUGGACAUUACGCACCGUACGCACCGACUGCUCCUGCUUUUAUCAAUAGCUUACAGGCUCCCACAGGUCUGAGCAGAACUUCUCCUCACUGCCGGGAUUUUAUGGACACUCCCAGGGGUCCUGAAGGGAUGUCUGGGGGCCCAGGAACAGGAGGUUCCACUUCCUCAUCUUCGUCCAACUCUUCUACUACUUCUUCCUCCUACACGCCCGCAGCUUUGAGGCCAGAGGAAGGCCCUAAGGAGAAGCAGGAGGCCCCAGAGGCAGAGUACCUGAACUCUCGCUGUGUCCUCUUCACAUACUACCAGGGAGACAUCAGCAGCGUGGUGGACGAGCACUUCUCCAGGGCUCUCAGCACCUACAUGGACGGAGAGGGCAAGCGGAGAGCGUCAGACCAACCGGGCACAGAUACUCCGUCACCCAGCAGUCGACGAAGCUUCCCUCCAUCCUUCUGGGAUAGUAACUACUCCUCGCCUCAGAGCCGCUCCCACUGCGAGACCAGCGCACCCUCCUAUUCCAUGGACCCGUACGCGUCAGGGCUGCACCCGGGUCUGCCGCAUCCGCACGCUCACCCUCAUCCGCACGCACAUCCUCACGCUCACCCUCAUCACGCCCACCCUCACCCAGCGGAGAGCUGGGGUUACCCUCAGGCCCAAGCCUACGGGCCUCCGCGUCCCCUGCACGAACUGUACUCACCGUCGGCUCUGGAGCCCCACUACGGGCCCCUGCUCAUGCCCGCGGUGAGGCCCCCUCACCUACCCACGCUGCAGAGCCACUAUGAAGUUAGCAAGCUGGAGCCCACCGCCUCCUGGCACGGCCUGCUGCCGCCGGGAGACGUGAGCCAGACGCUGGCUCUCAACAUGGAUGCAGGCCUCCAGCAGCACAAGAAAGGCAAGGAGCUGUACUGGUUCUAACGAGCCCUUCAGUCACAUUGACCAGCCAUUACCAGAUCCAAUUAGUCCCUGGACCUGCUCCGCUAUUGAAGCAGCGUGUCCCUUUAUCCCCCCCCCUGACACAACACACACUCCACCCCCCCUUUCUGCUCUCUGUUUCACGUUCUCCCCCUGCCAGUACACAGCCUCGCUCCAGGUCGACGUGUGUGCACCAUGGAGAUAAAGCAGAGAGAGGGAGAGAGGGAGAGAGGGAGAGAAAUCUGUGCUGGUUCUCUCUCUCUCCUCCGCUCUCUGUGCCGCCUUGGCGAGGGGGGAGAGCGACGGUGACCUGUUUGGACCGAGAAAGACAGGAUCACAACAGACUUUAGCAGCAAAACGGAGAGAUAGAAGGAGGAAUAUGGAGGGACAAGCAGGGAUUCCCUCCAAUAUCCCUGGUUAUCUCUGUCUCAUGUCCUGUGUCGCUUUCGAUCAUCAUCCACUUAUCUGCGUUUCCACAAAAUGCAACAUGCAGGCGAUUAAACAGGAGCAACGAUUCUGCUGGUUUCCCUCUCUGUGACUGUCCACACGAUGCCCUUAUUUUUGGUUGUUAUUAUAUCAUUUUGUUCUCUGAAAUAAAAGUGUUCUAUUUAUUGGUGUGUAUGUGCAUUUCUAAAAGGUGUUUGGUUAGGCCAGUGUUCUGAGAUUAACAUGUAAUCUAGGGAGAGAAGAAGAAGCCAAAACCUUGUGAUCCUGGUGAAGUUUCUGUUGUGUUUGAAGGGAGUAGAAAGGAGAAAAAAAAAAGGUCAAAGACAUUUGUUUGCUCUGAACAGACUCGAAGAUUGUUUUUCUUUUAUUUCACUGUGUUCCAAUUUUUGUUGCCUUAUUUCUCUGUGUCGUUCUCGGAUGUUUUGAAUUGGACUUUAUAAUAUUUUUUUUUCUUCUGUGUGCCAUUUUUUUUUUUUUUUUCAUUUUUGUGCCCAAGAAGAUUGUGAUGUUAAUAAAUAUUUUUAUGGUAAUGUAUGUCAUCUCUUAAA